UCCUGCCCAAAGUUUAGACGCACCGAGAAGAAACUUUUUUUUCCUCCUCCCAGUGAGAAGUGGAGAUUUACACAACUAACCAUGACUAUUUUCUCUGAAAGGUCAUGAUUUAAAGCUGUCCGACCUUAGAGCCGCAGGACUCUUCCGGCCGAGCGCUCAUGUUGUUGUUUUUUUCGCCUUUUUGCGGCUGACUUUGCGGGUUUUUCUUUUUCCUGUAGGGGGGUUGAGUUGGGACAACAGAUUCCAGUGUGGAGUAGAUAUGCGCUUUUCUAGAAGUAUGUCAACUGGAAACUACACACAAACGCAGCUUUUUACUGCAGGUUUUGACAGCUAACAAACUUCAAAAGAAAUUUUAAAAAAGAAAGAAAACUUUUUUUUAAAUGAAUCAAAGAAUGUUUUGCUGAGCGGCGUCGAGAUUUCCAGAUUUCCUGCUGCGCGUCCAGACUUUGGGAUUGGCUCAAGUUUCCCUUUUGGUUGAAAAUUUCUGAGCGCAACUUUUUUUUCCAGAUACUUGAUAAGUUGAAGCAACAGUUUUUGGGACAAUGGAUCCGAGCCAGCACAACCCUCCAGCCGGACACCAGAUCGUCCAUGUCCGGGGGGAUUCCGAGACGGACCUGGAGACGCUUUUUAACAUCGUGAUGAACCCGAGCAGCGCCAACAUACCCCACUCUGUGCCCAUGAGGCAGAGGAAGCUUCCAGACUCCUUCUUCAACCCCCCAGAGCCCAAGUCCCAUUCCAGACAAGCCAGCACAGAUGCUGGGAGUGGCGGGGUGCUCAUCCCCCACCAUGUCCGUGCCCACUCGUCUCCAGCCUCCCUGCAGUUAGGAGCCGUUUCUGCAGGAUCCCUGUCUGGACUGGCCCCAGCAGGUGCCUCUCCCCAGCAUCUCCGGCAGUCCUCAUACGAGAUUCCUGAUGACGUGCCUUUGCCCGCCGGGUGGGAGAUGGCCAAGACCAGUUCUGGCCAGAGAUACUUUCUCAACCACAUUGAUAAAACGACCACUUGGCAGGAUCCCCGCAAGCCCUUGCUCCAGAUGAACCAGACUUCUCCUCCAAGUUCUGUUCCAGUCCCGCAGCAGACUCUCAUGAACCCAACCAGCGGACCCCUCCCUGAAGGCUGGGAACAAGCCAUAACACCAGAGGGAGAAAUUUACUACAUCAACCACAAGAACAAAACCACAUCCUGGCUUGACCCACGACUCGAGCCACGCUAUGGGCUGAACCAGCAGAGGAAUACUCAGAGUGCUCCAGGGAAACAGGGAGGACCGCUGCCUACCAACUCCCACGGUGGAGUCAACCAGAUGAGACUGCAGCAGAUCGAGAAGGAAAGACUCCGAUUGAAGCAGCACGAGGUGCUUCGGCAGAGACCGCAGGAGCUUGCUUUGAGGAACCAGCUCCCCACCAGCAUGGAGCAAGAUGGCCCCACAAACCCUGUGUCCUCCCCUUUGGCCCAAGAUGCUCGGACCAUGACUGCCAACAGCUCUGACCCAUUCCUCAACAGUGGGACCUACCACUCCCGGGAUGAGAGCACAGACAGCGGAUUGAGUAUGAGCAGCUACAGUGUUCCUCGCACUCCAGAUGACUUCCUGAAUAGUGUGGAUGAGAUGGAUACAGGGGACCAACUUCCGCCCUCCAUGGCAACGCAGCCCAACCGUUUCCCUGACUACCUGGACGCCAUCCCAGGAACAGACGUGGAUCUUGGCACCCUGGAGAGCGAGAGCAUGGCGGUGGAGGGCGAAGAGCUGAUGCCCAGUCUGCAGGAGCCUCUGAGCUCCGACAUCCUCAGCGACAUGGAGUCUGUGCUCGCAGCCACCAAGAUCGACAAGGAGAGCUUCCUGACAUGGUUAUAGAGGACCGGAGCGGGGCCCUCUGAACUCCUCCUGUCUCAACAAUCUGAACAUCUGCCUGGCCACAUCUGUGAAGGAAUCCACGUUUGCUCUUUUACCAGACAUUUCAGCGAGCCUCUGAACUUCUCUCCGCGUGCAGGGCUAACCUCUUUUCAGACAGUAUUCUGGUCUUUUUUAUUUUUUAUUUUUGUCUGUGUCUUCAAGGCUGGCCUGUGAACAGACAAUUUAUGCAAGGGCCCCUAAAUUGUUCCCAGGUCUUUUUGGUGAGUGUAGGGCUUAUUUAGUCGGAGCGUAGCUGAACUGGGCAGAUGCACGAACUCUUCCGUAAGGACUGCCUUUUACUGCUCAUCACCUGGAGUCUCUGGAGCCUCUCUUGUCUUGCAGUAUAGCACGAAGCAGCACUACAUAACUGUGUUUGGGGCUUUUAGUUUCAUAGCUUUAUAUUUGGCGCCUUUUUUAAAAAACAUAAACAAGCCUGAAAAACCAAAAAUGAUGUAUGUGGAGCAUAAAGAACAAUACUGAUUUGGAGUGACGGUAACGUGAAGCCCAUUUUGGACGUGUUGGCUUUGCUUUUUGGGGCGUGGGGGGUGGGACCAGGGGACCGACUACAUUGCUGCUUGGCUGUGCCAGCGAGCCUAAGUUAAACCUUUGAUCGAUCAAGUGCCUUCAGAUGUAUUUUUUUUUAGACGCGAGCGACUCGAAUAAAUACCCAGUUUCUGUAAUGCAACAAAAAGUAUCAGGCUGUAUUAACUAAUAUAAGCCGCAUGUUCUUGUAUGUGGAUCAAUAAUCAAAAACUAUUUUAUUUUAUGUACGUAAGGUGGUUUGGGGGAUCUUUUUUAACCUCUAGUGUCUUUGUAUCAUCUUUAUCCGAGCCUAACACUCGUUUUAUUAGUUUUUUCCUUUUUCUUUUAUCUCGUUACACCUGUUUGGUAGAUUUUUUCUUUUACUCGGAUUCAUUGAAACAUUUUUGUUAUCAGGAUCAGCUGUUCUCACAUCACAAGAUUCAGUCAAGCAGAACACUUUUUUUUAAAACAUAACCAAUCGUCUGAUUCUUCUUUUUUUUUUUUGCUUUACUAUACAUAUAUAUAUAAAUAUAUAUAUAAACGUAUACAUAUUAGUGUUUUUGUUGAUCACGAGCAGCUUGUUACUAUAUCUGCUUAAACAUGAACCAAAAAAAAAAAGCAAAAAGAGGCAGAUCUAUAGACUCUAUAGAGAACUUUCCUCAGAUCAGUUUUAGCAUGCGACAGUAUAAACGAAUUUUAACGUUCGAAACGGUCUGAAACCCCGUGUGUGGUGCUGUGUUGAGUGUUUUUAUUGAUUACAGCUUGGGGGCAAGUUUAAGCAGGCUUUAGAGUCACGUUACAGGAAAAACCGGAGGUCGGGGUUUGGCGGAUGGCUGAUAUUUACACAGCUUACGUGUUUUUAUUUUUAUUAUUAUACUUUACUGGAAAAAUUCAGAAACAAUGGAAAAAUUGCAGUCAGGAGCAGUAACACCAACCACCCAUCCUGCUUCCAGUUAAACAGUAUCUGUAUGAACAACCGUAUAAGCUAAUGAGAUGAUUGGUGUAUGUUUUAAGUGUUAACCGACACAGCCGAGUAGUUCUAACCGUUUUCCACGGUUUGUUUUUGAGUGGCUAACCCUAACAAGACGAGGAUUCAGAACAAAGAAGCAGGUGAUCCUUGAGCAGCACUCGCAUGUUUACAUACUUUAAGAAACCGCUACAGCCACAUUGAUAACUUCGAAUCAUGUUGUGAUGUUUACAUGAUGACUAGAUCUUUACAGUAAUUCCCGGAGGCCAUCACGGCGUCUCACGGAUUCUGCUGCCAACUAAUUCUAAACUGGUCGCAUCAACUCAAUGGAACCCCGUGCAUUUAUCUUCAAAUAGAGGACAUCUUUUAAUUACUUUGCCUUGAGAAACUCCAUUUUUAUUACUUAUCUGUACUGAUCCUGAAAGCAUAUUUUGAUGUGUUUCAAAGAUGGGCGAACUGUGUUGGAGGGAGGGGGAGCAACUAGAAUAAGUGGUACACCACAGUGCUUGCAUUGCACAGCUAGAGUUUUCAUUUGGUUGUAUUUUGUCACAAUUCAGUUUUUUUUAAUCCUUACUUAGUGUGAUAUUGUCAGAGCGUUAGCUGACAAUUAGCAGUAGAACUAAUUACAAGUUAAAGGAUUUUUUUAUUUAGUUUUCUAAAUGCACAUGAAAUGAAUUAUAUCCAACAUUGACUUUUUUUGAUAGGUAUGUGCAUGUGUUUUAGAACGAUAAAUUCUGUUACAUUAUACAUUUCUUCAUAUGAUACUUUGAAAUUGGCCUUGAAUAAAGUAUGUACUUUGUGGUAAAUUGUA